CAUAUCUCUGUCUCCAGGAUGCGCUACAUAGUCAUUAAACCAUUAAUGGGAGCAGCAAAUUUACUCUGUUUGCAUCCCCACCCCCUGCAAAAUGAACCCUCAUCUGUGGAAUCCCAACUUCAUGCCACACACACAAACUUGGAGCUGCAGCACAGCUGCCUUCAGAAGGCCUUGUGACACUUCUCAGGCUGGAGAAGGACAAGAUGUCACUAUACCAUGCCCAAGAGUGGCAGUGCUCUGGCACCUUUGUUCUGUUCCCAAGAGCAGGGAGGGAAUGUCUGGUGACAAAGUGCAGCCAGGAGCACUACACUGUAUCAUCAUAAUGGACUGGUGUGCCAGUGCAGGUGCUCAUUUUAUCACACUGGAUUAGGGCUUUAGUGCUCACACAGUUUAAACAUUAAUAUUUGCCUAUUUAAGCCAUAGGCACCAGUGCAGCCUGGCCACAGAGGUGCUCGCCAUGGCUGAGUUUGGGGAUCUUCUGAGGGCUCUGGGGGAGUUUGGGCUCUACCAGAAACUGCUGAUCCUGCUCCUCUCUCUCCCGCUGCUUCUCAACCCUUUCCAAAUGGUUGGCCAAGUGUUCAUGGUUGUGGAAGUGCCUCACCACUGUGACACCAGCUGGAUCCGCGCCGUCGGCCCCAACCUGACGGAGGAAGAGCAGCUGAACCUCACCCUGCCCCGCGGCGCGGACGGGCAGUUUGAGCAGUGCUCCAUGUUCUCCCCGGUGGACUGGGACCUGGAUUCCAUCCUGGCCUAUGGACUGAACCACACGCAGAAGUGCAGCAGUGGCUGGGUGUACCCCUCGGAACAGCCACCGUCCCUGCUGACCGAGUUUGACCUGGUGUGUGACAGGGCGUUCCUGAAUGAUGUCUCCCAGUCCAUCUACAUGGCUGGGCUUCUCAUUGGAGCCAUGAUCUUUGGGAUGCUAAGUGACAGGAUAGGCAGGCGGCCAGUCUUUCUCAUCUGCGUCCUCCUCCAGGGUGUGUUUGGCCUGGGAAUUGCCUUUGUGCCCCAUUUCUAUGUGUUCAUGGCCUUCAGGUGUGUCGUGGGAGCUGCGGUGUCAGGAAUUAUGAUCACAGUUGUAUCCCUGGCUACAGAAUGGGUUGGUGUCUCCCACCGGACAAAGGCACUGAUGGUCACUCACACAGCAUUCGCCAUCGGGCAGAUGUCAGUGGCUGGUUUGAGUUAUGGAAUUCGCAACUGGAGGCUGCUGGAGAUUGCAGGAUCUGCUCCUAUGUUUGCCCUUUUCUUCUACAUCUGGGUGCUCCCAGAGUCAGCUCGCUGGCUGGUGACCAAGGGCAGAAUCGAGGAAGCCAAGAAGGUGCUGCAGAAGGCGGCAGCCACCAACAAGCGCAGCCUCCCACCAGAGCUCCUGCAGCAGCUGAAGCCUGAGAAAGAGGUCAAGUCUGGAAGCUUCCUGGAUCUCUUCAGGACAAAGAACCUGCGGAAGGUGACUUUAAUCAUGUCAUGUGUCUGGUUUGCAGACAGCAUUGUCUACUACGGGCUGAGCCUCAGCGUGACAGAUUUUGGUCUGGACAUCUACCUGACACAGCUGGCCUUUGGGGCAGUGGAGCUCCCAGCUCGAAUUUCCUGCAUUUUCCUGCUGGAGUGGUUUGGGAGGAAGAAAGUGCAGGGCAUUCUCCUGCUGCUGGCUGGCCUGAUAUGUCUCAUCCUCACUGGCAUCCCUGAAGACCAGCCCGUGGUAAUCACUGUCCUGGCCAUCAUUGGCAAGUUCACAGCCACGGCCGCUUUCUCCACCUCCUAUGUCUAUGCCGCUGAGCUCUUCCCCACCAUCCUCAGACAGACAGGUGUGGGGCUGUGCUCGACCAUGGCGAGGGUGGCCGGGAUCCUGGCCCCGCUGAUCAUUCCCCUGGACCAGUACCACCGGGCCAUCCCCAAAGCCAUCUUUGGGAGCAUCCCUGUGCUGGUGGCCCUCUUCUGCAUCCUGCUGCCUGAGACCCGCGGCGUUGACCUGGCAGAUGACACAGAGAAUGAACAACUUCCAGCUGGGGAGCAGAAAACUGAAGUGUCUCUCUGAGACACCAGAGAUGAUGACAGAGACUUGGAGAAGGAUGUCUGCAGAUGCUCAGAGAGGAAGCAAUGAUUGCACAGGCAUCUACUAACAGUCUGAGCCCAUCAUUCUUGAAGCAGACCAGGGAGGCAUUGUGGCCUGGAAACUGAUCUUUCAGAUGAUGAGCAUAAUAUCCAUGGUUAUAGGGAGAGGAGAUCUAUGUCACUCUACCCUUGGAACAGAUGCACUUCCAUGUGUCCCUGAAACCCAGUUUGGUCAUGCCUGGCUGGCCUCCCAACGUGUUCCCCAGUCCUUUGCAAGCUGGUACCCAUGGAACCAUCCCUGUCGUGUUUUACAGCAAUGAAGAACCACAAUUGUAGUAAAGACACGUGUUUCUUCAUCCACAACAGCCAAUCUGUAUUCACAGUUCAUAUUCAUAUCAUUUUCUAAAGGCAUUGUGUUUAAUUCUAAUUGGUUAGUAACUUACUGCAACUCAGUUCAUUGGUUUGUAGUUGCUUAUGUCCGUGCAUGAUAAAGGCUUUCUUCUUUACAGAUGUUUACUUUUUUUCUUCAUAGAUUCUCACG